AUGCGCAUUUUCGGGAUUGUUCCUGAAUUACGGAAUUACCGACUCAUGAAAAUCGGUUUCUGGGGUCAUCAACUGUACAUUUCGCCAUGCUGUACUGAUCGCAUCCAGAUAUGGUCCAUACAUUCGUUUAUACCUAACUCUUGGUCAAAAUUGUUCGAUUUUCCGCUUAUCCAGCUUUUCUAUUCUUUUUACACCGUAUCACCCAAUGAACCAUACAUCUACGCUCUUGUUGUUGCCCUUUUCGAUUGUGAUGUACCGCGAAUAUCGAUGUUACGAAUAUACAUGGACAGCGGUGCAUGUGAUGUAUUUAACUUGGAUGAAGUAUCUGGAGAUGAAUUUGAGAAUAAAGUUUUUCUAGAGAAUAUUGUACUUGGCUGUGGAAAGCAUCAGCUCUACAUGUAUGAGAGAAGUGUUGUGAUGGGGCCAAUUCCGUUUUGGAAAAUAACAUUUCUUGAGGACAGUAUGACGUUUGUAAUCAUAAGUGAAACAAUUGAUGCGGAUAAAAAUGAGGAGAAGUGUAGUCGUUUUCCGAUUGUUUUAGAUGGUGAUAAAAGGAGAGUAUUCAAGCUGCAAGAUAAUCAUAAUAUUGUUGUUUAUGAUGGGGAAAGUAAUUGUUGGUGCACCUAUCCACCAUCAUUAGAUACGCCUACUGAUUUGAAUCUGUUACGAGUUAGGGGUAUCAGUGAAACGUAUGGACGAGCAGUUCACCGAAUGGGAGCCGUUGAAUCACCUCUUACUUUUUACGUCAGUGAAGGUAUCUGCAUUGCAAAGAUUUUCCGUAACGCAUAUCAUGCUUUUUAUCACAUUAUAUUUGACGAUGAACAAAAAGUUUACCGUGUAAUGCCAGCGGGUAAAUAUCGUCUUCCCAUGCAUAUUCAAUUACGAUUCUAUGGGGCUUGUUCGAAAAUGCAAUUCGCAUUCAUAUGUUCCACCGGCAUAGCAUUCGUUCCACUUGAACCAGCAACUUUACGACAGCUAUCAUUUCUGGCAGUACAAAGGCAGCAUUGCAAAAUUAUUGGUGGCAUAUGGCUUGGCGGAAUUUCCGAACAAAUGAUUAAAGCUAGUUGUGCGUACAGUGCAACUCGGCAACUUCUCUGA